CCAGCCAGCCCCACCAAGCACUUCCUCACACCGCCCACCUGGUCGUGCCUGCUGCCCCACAGAACAUCUCCUUCCUUGCCUCCACCCGCACACAUAUCCCCCCUCAACCCACGCCAACCCAAGCACUGACCUUAAAUUCACCUCCCUUUUCCAACCUCGCGCCACGACACCAACCAUCUCUUCCUUCUACCUCUGUUGCGUGUUCGCAUCAGAUACCGUCACGACUCGCGCUAACGAUCCCAGGAUCGCGCAAGUUGAUAUUUAAUUCACCCUUUCGAUUUUCUUGCGCCUUCUAGACGAUCAAAAUGGAGGAAGAAGUUGCUGCCCUCGUCAUCGACAAUGGCUCCGGCAUGUGCAAGGCCGGUUUUGCCGGUGAUGAUGCGCCCCGCGCUGUCUUCCCGUCCAUUGUGGGCCGUCCUCGCCAUCAUGGCAUCAUGAUUGGGAUGGGGCAGAAGGACUCGUAUGUCGGCGAUGAGGCGCAGUCCAAGCGUGGUAUCCUCACUCUGCGCUACCCCAUCGAGCACGGCGUCGUCACCAACUGGGACGACAUGGAAAAGAUCUGGCACCACACCUUCUACAACGAGCUCCGUGUUGCUCCCGAGGAGCACCCGGUGCUUUUGACCGAGGCUCCUAUCAACCCCAAGAGCAAUCGUGAGAAGAUGACACAGAUUGUCUUCGAGACAUUCAACGCCCCCGCCUUCUACGUGUCCAUCCAGGCCGUCCUGUCGCUCUACGCCUCCGGUCGUACCACGGGUAUCGUGCUCGACUCCGGUGAUGGUGUCACCCACGUCGUGCCCAUCUACGAGGGUUUCUCGCUGCCGCAUGCCAUUGCCCGUGUCGACAUGGCUGGCCGUGACCUGACGGACUACCUGAUGAAGAUCUUGGCUGAGCGCGGUUACACUUUCUCGACCACGGCCGAGCGUGAAAUCGUCCGUGACAUCAAGGAGAAGCUGUGCUACGUCGCUCUUGACUUCGAGCAGGAGAUCCAGACUGCCGCCCAGAGCUCCAGCCUGGAGAAGUCGUACGAGCUUCCCGACGGCCAGGUCAUCACGAUCGGCAACGAGCGCUUCCGUGCUCCUGAGGCUCUCUUCCAGCCGUCUGUCCUGGGCCUUGAGAGCGGCGGUAUCCACGUCACCACCUUCAACUCGAUCAUGAAGUGCGAUGUCGAUGUCAGGAAGGACCUGUACGGCAACAUUGUCAUGUCUGGUGGUACCACCAUGUACCCUGGUCUCUCGGACCGUAUGCAGAAGGAGAUCACUGCUCUUGCUCCCUCGUCGAUGAAGGUCAAGAUCAUUGCUCCGCCCGAGCGCAAGUACUCCGUCUGGAUCGGUGGUUCGAUUCUUGCUUCUUUGUCCACGUUCCAGCAGAUGUGGAUCUCGAAGCAGGAAUACGACGAGAGCGGCCCGUCGAUCGUGCACCGCAAGUGCUUCUAAGGUAAGAACCAACUGGGCGCCUCCGAUAGUAGCUUCAGCUCACGAAGCGUUUAGCGCAGGACUUUGGCAACUUCCCGGAUCGUUGCAAGGCACAGCUGGCCGCGCCACGGACGAAUCUGGCGUCGCGCAUGUAUCUCCUGGAAGACUCUCAUUUCUUACAAAAGUUUUGACGCUGGUCAGGGGCUGGUGGGC